AGGAUUGGGAAACAUUGCAGGAUCCUCUGCCUGACCUUCUCUCCAGAGCUGGGGCCACCAUGGGCCCCGCAGGCACCGCCCUGCUGUGCUUGGGGCUGGGUAGGAAGGAAGUGGGGAGCCAGGUGUAAUGGGGGUCUUCUCCAACAGGAUUGUGCAUGGGCCAAGGGAUCAAGGCACAGGCAGAGACAUUCCUCAGACCCACCCUCAAGGCUGACUCAGGCCCUCUGAUCCCCAAGGGGACACCUGUCAUCCUCAGGUGCAAGGGACAUCCUGGGGCUACUUGGUAUUAUCUGAUGAUGGGAGAAACUCAGUCCCAGGGUGCAGUUGGAGCCGGCAUGGAGGCUAAUUUCCUCAUCCCCUCCAUGACAAAGGACACUGCAGGGAGUUACCACUGCCUCUAUAAGACCCAGUCUGGCAUCUCAGAGCCCAGUGAGCCCCUGGAGCUGGUGAUGACAGGCUUCUAUGACAAACCCUCCCUGUUAGUACUGUCCAUCCAGAAAGUGGUUGAGGGACAGAGAGUGAUUCUCUCAUGUCAUUCGGAGCAACUAUUUGAUCGGUUCACCUUCUACGAGGAGAAAGGGGUCAAUACCUCUCGGCUCCAGAAAGUAUUGUUCGGGACAAACAUAACCAGUGCUUCUAUGACCACUACUAAGGAAGGGACCUACCGAUGCUACAGUUUUCACAGUCGGUAUCCCUACCUGUGGUCGGCCUCUAGUGAUCCCGUGGAGGUCAGGGUCUCAGCCUCCCCCUCCCCCCCAGAUGCUACCCCCCAAGAUUACACCGUGAGCAAUCUCAUCUGCCUCAGCCUGGCUGGGCUGGUCCUCAUCAUUCUGGGGGUCCUGUUGGUAGAGGCCUGGUACAGCUGGAGGGCGCUCCUUGCCUGAGAAACCAGGAGGGCAGAGCUGGAGUCUGGUGAACAGGUGGACCCUCAAGUCACGGAGUCUCUGAAGGAUGGUUCUGCAGAGUCUAGAGAGAGAACGGGGAAGGACCUCAGUUCUAUUUGCCCUGGUCCCUGACCCGGCUUCUCUUCCCUAUGGCUGAUAAUGCCUAGCCCUCCCUCCCCCCUGCCUCAACCUUCCUCUUCUUUCUCCUUUCCCUUUCCCCCUUCUUCCCCACCCCUCCUUCUCC